AUGGCUCCCGCGGUACGGCAGUGCUACGACCAGAUGCCGGACCCUAAAUGGGUCAUCAGCAUGGGUAGCUGCGCGAAUGGUGGGGGGUACUACCACUACAGCUACUCGGUGGUUCGCAGCGUGGACAGGAUCCUGCCAGUGGACAUCUAUGUGCCUGGCUGUCCGCCAACAGCAGAGGCACUCAUGUACGGGGUCUUUCAGCUGCAGUCCAAAAUGAAACGGACCAAGAUUACACGCAUGUGA